CAAUUGGAAAAACAGGUUGCCUGCGUGGUUUACUGUGGAAAAACUCGGAGUGUAUUUUACCCUGAAAAGCUGUAUUUCGAGUGCAAGUAGACCCUAAAACAUUCCUUGUAGUUCGAAAAGACUCAAUAGAGAACUGUGAUUUUAGCAAUGGCUGAUGAUAGUCUUUUAAAUGACUCCAACCUAGCAACGCUGGGAAGCAACGAUGAUGAAGCCGAGCUCCUGAUUGAGGAUGACUACUUGAAGGGAUCGGAAAUGCAAAUUGAUCCCGAGCUAGAGGCGAUCAAGGCGCGGGUAAAGGAAAUGGAAGAGGAGGCAGAAAAGCUGAAGCAGCUACAGUCUGAAGUGACGAAACAGAUGACCCUCGGUUCACCGACCGGCUCCACGCCGAUGCUGACGGCGGAGGAGAAAGCCGAAGUUGACAACAGAUCGAUCUAUGUGGGCAAUGUCGACUACGGUGCUACCGCCGAGGAACUGGAAGCACACUUCCAUGGUUGCGGUACAAUCAAUCGGGUGACCAUCCUAUGCAACAAGCUUGAUGGACACCCGAAAGGAUUCGCGUACAUCGAAUUCGGCUCGAAGGAGUUCGUCGAGACUGCCCUCGCGAUGAACGAAACGUUGUUCAGGGGGCGCCAAAUCAAAGUAAACCCGAAGCGCACUAACCGACCAGGAAUGUGCCAAACAAAUCGGUUUCCCCGUGGUGCCCGCGGUCGUGCAACACGGGUAUCCAGAGCCUGCUGCUACGGAGCACAUCGUGGAACAAGAAGACCAAUCCGAGGAUAUCGAGGCCGUGCCACGUAUUAUGCACCCUAUUAGUUGAUGGUAUUACCUAAAUGUAGAAGUACGCUCACAAUAAGGAUAUAGGACAUCUAGCUAAGCGUAAGGAUAAUUAAAACAUUUAUAACAGGCAUUUUCAAAAAACAUUAUUUGUCUUCACCACAUCUCUGAACAUGAUGCGUCCAGUAAGCUUGUAGUCCUCUCGUCUACAUCCUGACGCUAACAUUGCAAAUAAAAACAAACCUCAAAUGCCUCACCUGCAGAAAUAAUGUUUUUUGAAAA